CUCCGCCGCCGACCGCCGCCCCUCCGCCGCCGCUCUAGAGAGAGAGAGAGAGAGAGAGAGAGAGAGAGAGAGAGAGAGGAUGCUGUACCUUGUGGGGCUAGGGCUCGGGGACGAGAGGGACAUCACUCUAAGGGGACUCGACGCCGUGCGGAGAUGCAGCAGGGUCUACGUCGAGGCCUACACCUCUCUCCUCUCCUUCGGCGUCGCCUCCGAUGGCCUCUCCAAGCUGGAAGAACUAUAUGGGAAGGAGGUCACGGUUGCCGACCGGGAGAUGGUUGAGGAGAAGGCAGAUGAGAUAUUGUCGGAAGCGCGGGAAUCUGAUGUGGCCUUUCUAGUUGUCGGUGAUCCCUUUGGAGCGACAACACAUACCGAUCUGGUUGUCCGGGCAAAGAAUUUGGGAUUGGAAGUAAAGGUUAUUCAUAAUGCAUCGGUUAUGAAUGCAAUUGGCAUUUGUGGAUUGCAACUCUAUCGCUAUGGUGAGACAAUAUCUAUACCAUUCUUUACGGAUACAUGGAGGCCAGAUAGUUUCUAUCCAAAGAUUCAAAACAAUCGACGGCUUGGACUGCAUACGCUUUGCUUAUUAGAUAUACGUGUGAAGGAACCUUCAUUUGAGUCAUUGUGCAGAGGAAAAAAGUGUUAUGAACCACCAAGAUUCAUGACGGUAAACACUGCUAUAGAUCAGCUCUUGGAAGUUGAGGAAUCGCGUGGAGAAUCCGCAUACGGUGCGGAUUCAUUAUGCGUAGGAAUAGCUCGCCUCGGAAGUCCAGAUCAGAAGAUAGUUGCCGGUUCGAUGAAACAACUACUAGACGUCGAUUUUGGUCCGCCGCUUCAUUGCCUCAUUAUAGUAGGAGAGACUCAUCCGGUCGAAGAAGAGAUGUUGCAAUUUUACUUAAUCAAGUGAUUCUUAGUGGAUAAACUUAAUCUUGAUUUACAGAUCUUUUCUUUUUUAUUAUUCUCACUAAUGUUUCAAUGUGUGAUUGUAAUCGAUGUUCCGUUAAAUUAUCAUACGGCGUGUUUGCUUGCUUCUGUUAUGUGUAUAUAUAAUCAAAAAUUUUCAUUGUCUAGCUAUUUACAGCAAUUGGUGUAGUGUGAAAUGUAAGAGAUGUAAUUUUGGGGGAGAUAUAAACUAUGACUUUGUGCUUA